UGCCUGGGAACGCAACAUUGCUAUCAGGAACUGGCUGGUCGUUGUCGUACAGUAGCUAGCUUGUCAGCUAACCUGUGACGGACGUCUCUUUUCAGAUUAUCGAACAUAAUAAUUAUGUCUUUUAAAAGGGAAGGUGAUGACAAGAGUCAGUUGAACAUCCUGAAGAAGCGGCGUGUGGCAGAUCUUCUGUCAAAUUUUAUUCCAGAAGAUGAAGCAGCUCUCAUGAAAAAUGGAAGAUACACUUGCCUUGUGUGCUCCUAUCGUCCUGUGUUUGAUACAGUUGACAUGCUGACAGUCCACAGAAAGGGGAAAAGGCAUCUAGAAGGAUUAAAAGCAUUCUAUGGCAGGAAAGCACAGGUGAAGAAUGAAAUAACAAAAAGGCAACAUGAAAACUACAUCCAGGCUGAGGACAGAAGACAGGAACCCUCCAGUUCAGCCCCUUUACUGGCACAAACCCGGAGGCUUACACAUCACGCUCUGUUGAAGACUGUACCGUACAACAGUUGCCAUCGAAAAACCAGCACAAAAUCUGAUAAAGGACCGGCAGGCAUCGGCUCAGAUCCCAGUGGCAACGCUUGCAGCAGAACGCCAUCUGAGCAAAAAAACACAUGUUUGAAAACUGAAGUUUCAAACCGCGUACCACCAAGCAGUUCUAGUGGCUUCCCAGCAGCCAAUAAAGAGUUACAUCCAUCGAAGGACAUAAAGGGCUCUCAGCUUACUGUGGCACAUGAGGGCGAUCCCAUGACACCCCAGAGGAGGAGAGAGCUGGAGCACUACCUCAAACUGAAAAGUGAUGGGUGGCUACAAGACCCGAGCGGCCAGUGGAUUAAAGACGAGAACGUGGAGUUUGAUUCCGAUGAGGAGGAGUCUCCUCCACUUGCCUGCCUACCCACAAGUCACUGAGAGGACUAAGAACUGUGGGGGAAAAACAAAGAUGAACUUGUACCCCAGUGGUACGUUCAGAAGCCACGGCGCUGCCUGAAACAGCCACAGCUCCACGUGCAAGGACUUUAUGUAACAGAUUUAUACCAUCCGGCAACCUUUCAUUGAAUCACAUGGUCUUCUUGUGUUGAGUCUACAGCGCCUGUAUAAUCUGUGGACACACUCCUUAGUUGAAAUAGAAACCUGCUACUCACUCGUGAUAAUCAGCUGCAACUGCUGGUGUUUUUAUUUUGCUAAUAAAAAAAACUUACUAUUUA